GCCGUGGCCGAGGGCCCCGCCCCCGCGCGAGUUGAAAUUCCGCCAUGCCGGGCCUCGCGGAUGGAAUCAUCCACAGCUACAGCACAAGUAGCCGUGAGUAACUAACUCUCUUGACGGAGCGCGCGCCGCAAGACUCUGCUAUACCAAGUAGAACCUGCACCCGUACUCAGCCCACAACUCUCCACAACCGCACCGACCCCUCCAACCCCCCACCUCAACCUCCAGCCAAAUCAACCCACACACCCGGUCAGUCACCAUGCCCAUCCCCGACCUGCCCGUCCUCCCGCCGACGGAGGGGUCCCACCUGACGCGCAAAUUCGGCCGCGAGACGGCCAACUACUUCUCGGGCAGCCCGCUGAACCGGCUGUCCUUCCUGCGCGGCGACCGCGACUUCCUGCGCGCCGCCUUCGCCCACCCGGCCGCGCGCUUCCUGCUGCUGCGCGGCCUGGCGCCGCUGGUGCCCGCGGCCGACCCGGCGCGGCUGGCCUUUGCCGCGCGCGCCGACGUCGCCCCGCUGACCGGCGAGGACCCCUUCGCGCGGUCCGAGGAGGAGAUGGUGGCCGAGUACGACUCGAGCGAGGAGCGCGCCGUCGUCGUCUUCCUGGGCAUUGACGAGCGCGGGGAGGUGGCGGUGGGGCAGGAUGGGGAAGGAGAGGUGCAAGGGGAACGGGAGCGGUUUCGAUACCGGGACUUCGAGGGCGCCCCGUACUUUGCCGUGGACGUCACGCCGCGGGGCAAGCUGGCGGAUGCGGCGGAGGCGUUGAGCAAGGUGAUGGAGGAGAGGGGGCUCAAGUUUUACGAUCACUCGCCGAGGCAUAUGGGGCUGGUUGCCGGGCAGGCGGCCAUGUACGGCCAGGCGCGCGCACUGAUCGACUGGAACGCGCGGACGCCCUUCUGCGCGCAGUGCGGCCAGCCCACCCUGUCCGUGCAGGCGGGCACCAAGCGGGUGUGCCCGCCGACGGACAAGGCCGGCGGGCAGGUGCGCGAGCGCAAGCCGUGCGCCACGCGCGGCACCGUCUCGAACCACAGCUUCCCGCGGACGGACCCGACCGUCAUCAUGGCCAUCCUCAGCGCCGACGGCACCAAGGUCCUGCUCGGCCGGCAGCGGCGCUGGCCCAAGUACUGGUACAGCACCCUCGCCGGCUUCCAGGAGCCUGGUGAGUCGAUCGAGGAGGCGGUGCGCCGGGAGGUCUGGGAGGAGUCCGGCGUGCAGGUCGGGAGGGUCAUCCUGCACAGCUCGCAGCCCUGGCCGUUCCCGGCAAGCUUGAUGAUCGGGGCCAUCGGGCAGGCCCUGCCGGGCGACGGGGAGAAGAUAUACCUCGGCCACGACGCAGAGCUGGAGAGCGCAAAGUGGUUUCCGCUGGAGGAGGUGAAGGAAGCGCUGGUGACGGGCACGAGCGGCCUGGGCGAGCCGGCGCCCGAGGGGUAUGUCGAGGGCUCGCUGAGACUGCCGCCGCAGACAGCCAUUGCGAACCGCUUGAUAACGGCCGUCGUCGAGGGCUGGUGGAUCCCAUCGCGGAUGUAGGUCGAGUUGGAGCGCAGCACACAAUGCCCAUACACAAUAGACACGAUAGAUUAAUGUAGAAUCGGGCAUCUUCUUCAAGGGACCACUCAAUCGCCUACUAUGUGCUUACGGUGACCCGACUCCAGAAGCGUCGGUCGAGAAUCAGCAAACGAAUUGAAGCAGCAAUGUGCAGGGUUGGCCGACAGGCA